AUGGCAGACGCAGUAGUCCAACUUCGGUGUGGUAACGACGACUGGGGAAAGAAAGGAAAAGAGUCGAUAGUAGCACAACUAUGGUCAAAAACACCAAACAAUGCAGCAAUCGACGACUCCACGCAUUAUUCAGAAAUGUGGAUGGGCACGUAUCCUUCUAACCCAUCCUACCUCCUUUCCACGGGUGAACACCUCGGGGAGUACCUGAAGAAGCACCCUGAGCUAGUUGGCAAGUCUGUCCACGAUCGAUGGGGUCCGGAGAUUCCAUUUCUGCCAAAGAUUUUAUCUUUUAGCAAAGCACUGCCCCUACAAAUCCAUCCAGACCUGAAGCUCGCCGCCCAGCUACACAAAGAACACCCGGAAAAGUAUGGCGAUAAAAUGCACAAGCCGGAAAUUGCAAUUGCACUCUCAAAAUUUGAGCUCUUCGCCGGCUGGAAGCCCCUGAAAGACAUCCAAGCGCUGUUCGAAUUGAACCACUUAGCAAAGUACAUCCCAAAUACAGGACAAUUCAAUGACGAGGCCCUACGCCAAGUAUGCAAGGCUUUACUCAGCGCGCCACCAAAGGAAGUCGCACAGACAUUGAAAGACCUACAAGCCAUUCCAGAAUCCCAGUUCGGUGUACACACCUACAUUCCAAACCUGCUCGGCCGUCUGGCAAAGCAAUACGGCGAAGGCGAUAACGGGAAUCUAGUCGCGUCCCUUCUGAUGAACUACUUGACUCUGGGCCCGGGAGACUCCGUCUUCGUCCCCGCAGACAGCAUUCAUGCCUACCUAGAAGGCGAUAUUGUGGAAUGCAUGGCGCGGUCGGACAACGUAAUCAACACAGGCUUCUGUCCGGCUGCAGACCGUGACAGCGUCGAGCUGUUCGGACAGGCCCUGAGCUUUGUGCCUCAUAAUGCAAAGGAUGCGCUACUACCGCGCAGAAAGAGCGAUAAAGGCAUGAACGGUAAGACAGAUGUCUAUGCGCCGCCCAUCAGCGAAUUUUCUGUGCUGUGUACUACUCUUGGCGCUGGAGAGAAUGAGACGCACAAGGCCAUUCUUGGGCCGAGCUUGAUGAUUGUUACGAAGGGCUGUGGUCAGAUGAAAUUCCCUGGGAAUCAGACCGCUGAGCUAAAGGAGGGAUAUGUUUUCUUUGUGGGGCAGGGGGUUGCGUUGGACUUUGUGACCGACAAGGGCAUGGCUGUGUAUCGGGCGUAUGCAGAGUAA